AUGUCCAUUUUCGAUAACAAUGAGAAGAUAAAUAUAUGCAUUGAUAGGUUACGCGACAGUAAGGACUCAACAACAUCUUCAGAGGGCGGCGAGGGUGCUUGCUCAUCACCUGGACUGUCAAAGAUUAGUAGACGAUUCCAGACGACAAAGUCUUUGAAGAAUUAUGACGAGUUCAAGGUGACUAUGAAUGAGUUGUUCAGCUUCCCACAAGUUAUCACCAAGUUGUUGUACAACAAAUUAACUGCCAAACAUAUGGUGGUCAAUCACGAGGUGUUCACAGCAUUCUGGAACAAUCUCAGCGCGUUGGAAGACGAGGAGAUACUGUUUGAAUGUCUGUGCAUCACACCCAUGGGCACAUCACUGGACUUUGCCAGUUUGAUGUUGUUGGUCAAGGAGGUGCUGGAGUGGCAUGCAGGUCUAGCUGGCCUGCGCACACUUUCAUCACGCGUCCAACAAUCAUAUUGCGAAAUGGUUGUUGUGCGCAUAUUGCACGCCAUUGGCCGAGACAUUGGCCGCAUCACAUUGAAGGACCUCAAGGAGAGCAACAUCAUCGAGGUGUUGAAGAGUCUGGACACACUCAAGGAUUUGGAGGGCGACAUUGGAUACUUCUCAUACAGUCAGUUCUCAACAAUAUCAAGACUCUACGUGGAGUUGGACACUGACAAGGAUGGCGGACUGACAGGCUCCGACCUCAUUCAUUUCUCCAACGGUUUAUCAUCCAAUCGUGUACUAUCUCGUGUGAUUGAAUGUCCUGUGUUCUCCGAUCGACCAUCAAUUCCCACCACUGGCUCAUCUGCCAGUGUAUGCAUGACCAACAAGAAGCCUACACAUUUGUCCUUUAAAAACUUUGUUUGGUUCCUAUUGUCCGAGGUUGAGAAGCAACGAUCGACGAGCAUCCAAUUCUGGUUCCGAUGUCUGGACAUGGACAACGAUGGAUAUAUGAGCUACUACGAGAUGGAAUACUUCUAUCAAGAGAUAAGAGAGUAUUUGCUCAAUCAUCAAGAGGAUCCACCAUCAUUCAAAGAUGUACUUUGUCAAAUAGUUGAUAUGAUCAAUCCAAGACAUCCUGAUAGGGUCACUUUGAGCGAUUUGAAGAGGUCACAGAUGUCCACGAGGUUCUUCCAAAUGUUGUUCAGUAAGCCAUAUUGGAUGAACUCCACUCCUAAGUUAGUUUGGAAUGAUUUCAUUGCAACACUAGAGGAACAACUCGAGACUCCAGAGGGCAGCAGCUCAAUUGAUGAAGAGUCCGGUGGUGGCACCAAGUCAUCUACAUCUGGUUCAGCAUCAUCAUCUUCCUCUUCAUCUUCAUCAUCGUCGUCAUCAUCAUCGUCGUCCAAGUCUUCAAAGAAGUCUAGUGAGAGCAAGAGAGAAAAGAGUAACAAGGGUCGUGAGAAGGACAAUGGUUCGUCGUCGUCCAGCAGCAAGAAGAAGAGUGGCCAGAAGGAGGAUAUGAAGAACAACAAGGAGGAGAACAACAAGAAGAACAAGAGUCUCGUCAAGAGGAGGUCGCUGUUCUCCAUGCCGUUGUUUUUUAUCUCCGCGGGCGGCUUCGGUUGCUUUUUUCUGAGUAAGCAGGUCAACCUAGUCUUUCCGAUUGGUCUGCUUAUUCUAUUAGUCCUACUAUACCAAAGAUACUCGUCGAGUGUACCUGAAGUGGAGUUGCUGUUGGAGGAUCAUAAUCCAUUCGAGGACUACAUCGAGGUCGUCAGCGACAUUGAUCAUGAGCGUCGACUUUAUGAAUCAAUAUCACAACAGUUGGAAACUCCAUCGUCAGCAACAUAA